CCCAUCCUAGUCUCAGGAGAACAGGCUGAAGCUUCAGAGAGGAGAUUACAUGCCAUGGAUCUACUGUUGAUGGUUUUGACUUUGGCUGCAUGCGCAUCAGCUGUGCCUGAGCAGUACAGCAGAGCAGUGGAUUGGUUGAGCAGGUAUGGCUACCUUCCUCCUCCCGACCCACGGACGAGUAAGCUGCAGACCAAGGAGGGCAUAGAGAAAGCCAUUCGCGUCAUGCAAAGAUUCGGUGGUGUGAGGGAAACCGGCUUGCUCGAUGAUGAAACGCUACGCCUCAUGUCCACGCCGCGAUGCUCUCUUCCCGAUAUUGUCGGGAGCGAGGACAUGUUGAAGAGGAGGAGGAGAAGAAGGAGAAGAAGAUAUGCUCUGUCGGGACUUAAGUGGCACAAGAGUGACCUCACAUGGAGCGUCCACAGCUACCCAUCGCCGUCCCUCUCCCCGGGCCUGCCUUCCACCUUGGUGGACAGCAUCUUUACUCACGCCUUCAAAGCCUGGAGUGACGUCACUCCCUUGAUGUUCCGCCGCUUGGGCAAGGAAACCAGCAGCGACAUCAAAGUGUCGUUCAACCGCUUGCUGCACGAUGACGGGUACCCCUUCGACGGGGAGGGGGGCACCCUGGCCCAUGCUUUCUUCCCAGGCAUGGCUGAAAUUUCAGGCGAUACACACUUUGACGAUGAUGAGAGGUGGAGCUAUGGAGGGGCCAGCGGCGACACUACAGACUUGUUCACAGUGGCAGUGCACGAGUUUGGCCAUGCGCUCGGCCUGUCCCAUUCCUCCUCUGACCCGUCCAUUAUGAGGCCAUAUUACCAGGGUCCCGUGGGAGACAUCCCCCACUUCCAGCUGGCUCUGGAUGACAAACUAGCCAUUCAGCAGCUCUAUGGCACAAAGGAUGUUGAUCGACCAGGAAGUGUCGAUCCCAAUCCCCCCCGUUUGCCCAGUCCACCUCCACCCAGACCGACACGGCCGUCUGACCCAACCGUUCCUGGCCGCUGUAAUGGAGGAUUUGACGCGGUGGCCAACAUCCGAGGGGAAGUCUUCUUCUUUAAAGGUCCAUAUUUUUGGAGGACCAAGCGAGACGGACUGCUGGUGUCCCUCAAUCCGGCUCAGAUCCAACAUUUCUGGAUGGGUCUUCCUCCAGGAAUUGACAGGAUCGACGCUGCAUAUGAGAGGAAGAGCGACAGCAGUAUCAUCUUCUUCAUUGGAUCUCAGUACUGGGUCUUCAAGGACACGGUGGCCAUGAGCGGAUAUCCACGCCCCCUCUCCGAAUGGGGGAUGAGGAGGAAGACCGGCACUCUGGUCGACAGGGUGGACGCCGCCUUUAUCUGGGCACAUAACGGCAAGACCUAUUUGUUCAGCGAAGGCGAGUUUUGGAGGUUUGACGAGACCCGCAAAGGCCAGCAGGUGAUCAGGCAGCCGGAACCGGGCUAUCCUCGCGAUAACGGCCUCUGGACCGGAGUGCCCUCCCAUAUGGAUGACAUCAUCAGCUGGGGCGAAGGCGACGCCUAUUUCUUCAAGGACAACCACUACUGGGUAAUCAAAAGCGGAGGGCUGGACCAAGACGUUGUGACCCCAAAUUCUAUCGGCAUGGACUGGCUCCGAUGUCCCGCUCCUCCCCCCUACUUCCCCCCGGCCAAUCCUAAAGACCCGAAAAGAUGCAGCUGCGACCUCACGGGCUCGUCUUCGUCACUGAGAAGCAGCUUCCUUCUGGUGUUUCUUCUCUUGGUCAUUAAGGAAUUUGUUCACAAACUAGAAAGUUGAGUUUGGAGCUGUUUGGUGUGUGUUCAUGGGGGAUGCUAUUAUAACCAAUUCUAUAGUCUUUGGGCCCACCACGGCUCUAGAGGACCUGGAUUUUACAUAUGUUAACAUUAUGAAAAAAAAAAUCAAACAUGAUUAUAUAUGCUGUAAAUGCUCUAAUUACAGCCGUUACCUGAACCGCACAGACGGAAGCAGGCAAUACCUGGAGAGUGUUUAUUUCCUAAAUUUGAAAACUCAUUAUUUAUCACAAGCUGUUUUUUAAACUUUAGUCAUGAUUUGGGGUCAAUGAGAAAGUGGAAAGGAAAACAUAGUGCUCUAAUACCACACUGUCACUUAUUAACAAGUAUAUUGCACAACACACUGAUGAGGACAUUGUAAACAACAGUAUGGCAAGUGUAACACACGAGUUUCACACUAACAGCUGAGGAGCACGACAAACAUUUUAUAGCACAUGCAGAGCUAGAUCAAGCUGAGCGCCGUCACCGUGAGUGGUGGUGACGUGUGGUGCUGAUAAUUGUACUAAAGAAUUUAAUCAGCGGUAUGGGUAUUAAGUAUCAAAGUCUGAUUGUCGCAUGCAAACACAAAAAGGCUUCAAAACCUUACCAGGUGUGGCCAGAGAGCAGACAUCAUUUCUUGUGCAAUCUAUUCCCGACAGUAUCAGUGAGAUGCUGUCUGUCAGCUCAGAGUUGACCUGAUGACUGAUGACAGUGGCGGAGCCAGAAAUGUUUCAUUGGGGUGGCCAAGGUGAGAUCAUUACUCACAUAGGGCUGGCAAUAAGUUGAUCCCUGACAUGUCUCCACAUACUGUAGCUCCGCCACUGACUGAUGAAAAGGGGACGUCAGAUUUAAGUUAAUUAUGUAUUAAUACUGUAUGUAUCAUAUGUGAUAUCUUAUGUGGAAAGAUAAGCAAAUUUUUACCAACUGAAUGUCAGCUGAGUUGACCAAACACAACGACGAAGCAGCCAACAACCAUUUUAUCUAAUAAAAACAAUAAAUGAAAUUAGCACGCUUACAAUCAGAUCUGGUGUCCAGUUGUAUAGGAAACUGAGGCAAACCAUUUCAUGCUUCACCAUGGCGACCCCUGACACGGCAAAGUCGAAAAGUGUGUGCGGGUGUUGGAGGGGGGAUUACCCCAAAGUUACACGACUAAAUUAAAGAGGCGCACUUACGCCAUCUUUAAUUUAUUUUGUAUUUUUAAAGGAAAAACAAACAAAUUAAACGUAAAAUACUUAUCGUCCAUUCAAUGAAAUAGGAAGGUUGUAAUCGCCUCAAAAGGAGACCCGGGUUUCUAACAAAAGGCACUUUUGACACCACAAAAACAUAUUUAAUCAUAAAAAAACACACACAAGUUAAAUAAUGCUCAUGUGUCAUCAUGACAAUCAUAACAUGAGCAUUAUCAUCACUCUCAUGGCAGAAUUGAUGAGCAGCUAUUGUAUUGGCUGUCAUCAGUUUAAUCUGCAAAACGAUCCAGGUGGCAAUGAUAAGUUUGUUUCUGUACAGUACAUAGCUGACAGUGUGAAAGGGACACUUGCAGGGCAGGUUGGAGCACUGAUUAAUAUCUUAAUUGGGACGCCAGAACCUAAACUGGCACUGUCAAGUCUAGAUCAGUCCAAUGAUGACGUGUAGAUCAUGUUAUUUUUUGCCACCGCCCACUUUUCGUUUGAGAACGACAUGCUGAAAACAAACACCUGUCAGCUUUAAUUUCUGGUAGCGCUCUCAAAUCAAGAAGUCAUUUUUGAAAAUGAGUAAUCAUUAUCUAAAAAAAGCACAAAAGGCUGGUUUUGGGACAAUCACACAAUAGGUAAGCACACAUUUACUGGCAAGUGGCACUUGGACAGAUUUAAUCAGUCUUGCAGAAAAUAAAAGGCUAACAUGUACAUCAUGCUUUGCAUUGAUUGUGACUCACUUGGAAGUCCUUCAAGUUUCCCCAUCUAAUAAUUUUAAGUUCACACAGAUACAAACUUCACAAAAAGUCACAGUUCUGUGUAAGUUGUGCAGCACAGGACAAAGUUGAUCAUACUAUUUAUUUUUACCAAAUAUUUAUAAUAUAAAAAAGCAACAAUAGCUUAAAUAUUCUGUGUGAACUUAAAAAAGGUAGCAGCCGGGGUUUCAACUUAAAAUGAUAAGUUAUAAUAUAUUUGGUCAUUUAAAAUGCUAAAGGUGCGAGCCUCAUUGCGACAUUCCAUGUAAGGACAUCCUGCAGCGAGCACACAGAAUAAAUGAGACAGUAUAUGCAGUGCAGAAUUAU